UUAGUUCAAACAGAGCAAAAAAGUUGCUGCAAUUUUCAACCAAAAUUCAUAUUUCUCCACGCAAUCUGCUUCUAAUUCUUCUGUUUUGUGUGAACACUUUAUACCUGUUGAUCGGAGAAACGGCGUUUGCAUACUCUUGAUUCAAUCGAGAUUCUAUGUUGUGGAUGAGGAAUUGAGGAAAAAAUGGCGGACAUCUAUAUGACCGCGGCGGCGGCGGCCACCGUCAAACGACGGAUUGCGUAUCUGAACGUAAGCUCGACGAAGCUUGUGGAAGAGAGCAUAGACCAAGCUUCAACGUAUAUUCAGACAGGAGAUAUCGAUAAUUCGGGGGUGUAUAGCCAAACUUGCAUGAAUUUAGGAAGCACUAUUGAUUCAGCUGUUGCGUUGAAUGAAGUUCCAUCAUCAUCUCAUCUGCUCCAGCUACUUUUGAUUGUAAAAGAGGUUUAUAGGCGUAGGACUGAAUUGCUCCAACCCUCGUUGAUGUUGCUCAUGCUACCUAUCAAGGCUGCUUGUCAAAUUGGCUGGUUUCCAGAUGAGGAUAAAGAUGAUCUCCUUAUGAUGGCAAAAGAGGUAAGCUAUGGGUUCUCUGACACGGACAAAAUGAAUAUUGAACCAAGUGAUGCACAUUCCUAUGUUUCAAAUAUAACCUCAAGAUUCUAUCCAAAAAUGGAAGUGGAAAAGAUACUUGCUUCAUUUGAUGUUGAGGUAAAAAUAUAUGCUGGAUACGGGACUUUUGUAGCUGAUUUUCACAUUUCUAAGGGUACGUUGCCUCGUCACUGUCGAGAUUUGUGGCUUUUAGUAGCUCGAAUGGACAAUAUGGAGACAGCUGCCUGUAUUGCCAGUCCAUCAAAUGUGGACUUUCUUGUAAAUGGUAGCGGAGUACCAGGGAGGACCAAAAGGGACAUGGUUAAGGGACCACAACUCCCAUCAAACUUGACUAAAAUGAUCAAAUAUGGAGUAAAUCUACUACAAGUUCUUGGAGACUUUGAUGGACGUUAUAUUAUAGUCAUAGCUUUUAUGAGUAUGGUAUCAUCUCCCGAUCCUCCUCAAUUGCAAGAUUAUGUCCAUCCCAUGGAAAGUGAAGUUGAUUCUGAAUGCCUUGUCAUUGAGAUGUCAUCACGGAUUUCACUUCAUUGCCCCUUUAGUCAACAUCGCAUAAAAAUUCCUGUGAAAGGGCGUCUUUGCAAGCAUCCGCAGUGCUUUGAUUACAAAAACUUUAUGGAAAUCAACUCAAGGAGGCCUACAUGGAAAUGCCCUGUCUGUUCUAAGCCAAUCUGCAAUCUAGAUAUACGGAUCGAUCAAGAUUUUGUCAAGAUCUUGAAUGAGGUGGCAGAGGAUGUUAGUGACGUAAUUAUGUCAGCAGAUGGAUCUUGGACAAUCAUGGCAACGGAGAUCCCGACCACUGAAUCAAACAGGAAUACCAUGACCCAAAAUAAUCAUGUGCUUGAUGUCACCGAAUAUCUUACACACGAAGAACCCAAUGACACACUUCCUAAUUCUUCUUUCACUUUGCAUAAUUCAAGUGUUUCAGCAAUUGGUAUGAGUGCAGAAUGUCCUUCCGCUUUGUGGCAAUUAAGUGUAACAAGGGAUGCAGCUUCUCCUGCUCAAAUUCAACAGUUGGGGGAUUCUCGAUUGCAAUCACAGGGAUUGUGUAACAUCAUCCAUACACCUCCGGUUCAACAAACCACGCACCAUAUGAACCCUAUAAACUCGACUACAACUCAAGCCACUUAUGGUUCAACCAACCCUUACCAUCCAUCUGCCGAGACCCAACAGCAGGUUCAAACCGAUAGGACCACUCAAGCCACAAACUCGUUCACCCCAUCUCAGCUAGCACAAUCGGCAGCGAACUCCCCACAUUCCGUUGCUUUAGCUUUAGAGCAGUGGCACCGCCGUGUUUUCGGUCAAUCUCAACCGCCUCCGACCACAAGACCACCGUCAACAACUUCACUUCCGGGAGAUCCAAUGCCAUUGGGGAGAAUGAGGGGAAGUUUAAAAGGUAAGGAACUUGCAGUGGCUCAAGAGAGCCUCCUUGCACCGCCACGACAACCGGCUCGAGCCGACAAACCAUGGUCAAGGCCGCCACCGACUCCUCUUAUGGAGUUACUAAUGCAACGACCCCCUAACAAUUCUGAGAGCACUCCAAAUGGCUCAAAUUUCAGGUAAUUAGGGUGCAGUUUCUAGGUCUCAUUUGGGCAUAAAUUGUUAAGAAAGUAUAUAUUACUCUAUUUGCUAUAAAAUGGAUCGAUUUACGUUAUAUUUCGAUGCCACGAAAAUGCCAACUAUUCGAGACGCGAAAUUAUUUGCAAACUCGAUAAACUACAAACCCACAAACAAGUUUUCAUAACACGUGUGAGAAUGCAGUGUUAUUUC